GAUCGGGUGGACGUUUACAAGUACCUCAAGAUUCUCUCUCCACCACGACCCCAUAUCAACAACUGCAAGUGCUUGUUCAAAGUUCGUGCAUCACCGGUGAUUCCUGUGUCAGACGUGAGGAGACUGCCGGCACCUGCACACUUCGACAGUGUGUUGGUGAUCGAAGAUGGGAAUGAGUACACCGGUCGAGGUAUAUCCGGUCUGCGAGUGGGCGAAGUCCGAGUCAUUUUCAAGCUGCCAUCACGUCUCGGUGAUUUUCCACACCCGCUGGCUUACAUUCACUGGUUUCGACCCCUUCAA